AUGGCAUGGCUUUACCUUCCUGUUUGCAUUCGUUUGGUCUCCCAACGCUCAGAUAAGCCAUCCUUGAGUUACUCGGGAAUAUACCUUGUCAAGCGGGAGAGUGGCGUGUUUAAGCGACACUUUUGUGUACUGAUAUUCCAUACGCCUGUUGAAGAGUUGGAUAACUAUAAGCUAUAUGUUUCUUGCAAACCGCUAAUGAGGAAUAGUGAAGUGCAGUGGUACCAGGGGAUCAGGGGAACGACGGUACCGGUGCUUCUGGAGAAUGACUCGUUGAGGGAGUACCUUGAGUAUGCGAUGAAAAAUGGGUUCAACUUGAUCCCUUUGGAUACACAUGUGGGGAACCUGCUUCUGUCUUUGAGCGUUGCGGUGGUCCAUUGUCGAGCUAUUCACGAGGAGAUCUCAGAAGAGCAUUUCCAGCCGUUUGAGGUUGACCAGGCCGCAGAGUUGACUAAGGUGACGGUCAGAUCUUCGCCGUUCAACUUUACUGGUCCUUCGCUUUUUUCGGAUUUUGUUUCUACGGGGCAUAUUAAUGCUGUUAUUCGGGAUCCUGAUAACGUUAGUCGAGGGUUUCUUAGUGAUAUGAAGUACUUGGAGAAUAUGUGUGGAGGAGUGGUGAACAAGAGCAGUGGAGGUGCCAUAGGGCUUCUUUUGGGCAACCUACGGAAGCUCAAUGGUGAUGGUGACCUUAUGGUAAUUGCUCCUUGGGAUCGUCUUCUUGAGAAGAUUAACGUGGAAACAGAUCUUGGUCCUUCUGACGUCAAAGCGGCUUCAAAUACCCAAACCCAUCCUGUGCUUCCACUUGUUAUUUCUCAACAUGGCCAUUCAUUCUCUUGGGGCUCGUGUGUGAAGCUAAAACGAGACGCUUUGGUGACCAAUUACCAUGUCAUACGACCAUAUAUUCGCCUGGAUACGGUGGAAUGUGGCAUCACCUUGGGCAAAGAUCAUUCGCUUUUGCUAACAGAUAAAGAUCAAGUCAUCGUACCAUUCAUAGAUCUAGAUCUUGCUUUCAUUGUGCUAUCAGAAGAAAAUCAAGUUGCAUUGAGUCAUGUUAAAGCGGCUCCAGUGGGAUUUGCCGGUCAACAGAAAAUGGCCGACGAAGUGUUCACUGUUGGCCAUGGACUCCUUCUUAACGACAGUUUCCUCGACCCCAUUGUUUCCAAGGGGUACCUUUCUUCCAUCAUUAACCGAAACCCAUAUAAAACAGAAUACCCAGAGAUCCCGUGCAUGCUUGUCGCUUCAUCUCAGUGCUGGAACGGGUCUUCUGGAGGUGGCAUAUUUGAUCUGAAAGGCAGACUUAUCGGCAUAGUGAGCAGCAAUGCUCAGGUGUUUGUGCCAUCAGUUUCUGGACUUCAGUAUGAGGAUAUCAAAUCUGAGAAAGUACCACUGUUCUGUCUUUGUAUUCCUCUGGAGCUUGUCUUUGAGUGCUACAAAACGAGGGUGGAUGAACUAAGAAAGGACGAAUCCAUAGUUCUCAGCGAUGAAGUGGUGAGAACAUGGAAUCUCGAAAGCUCACACGUUAAUGUCUUUGAAAGAGAGUUGAAGUUGUGA